AAGAACCCAAUGCUUUCCUUGGCCCUCUCGUACACAGAGAAUCGCACCAAAAACUCCCUUUCUCCUUCUUCAUUUCUUCUCAAUUUAAACCCAAAAUCUGAACUCCGACGAAUAAUGCCAUCAAUUUUUGUUCAAUUUGUUGGCAAAGAAAGUGAAAUUUCUGCAUUCUUAUCAAGAUAUCAAUGGCGCCUCCCAAAGUCGAUGCUGCGUACCUCAAGGAAAUCGAGAAGGCCCGUCGAGACCUUCGUGCUCUAAUCUUCAAGGAGAAAUGCGCUCCUAUUAUGCUUCGUUUAGCGUGGCAUGAUGCUGGUACUUACGAUGCUAAAACGAAAACCGGAGGUCCAGAUGGCUCCAUCAGGUUCAUGGAUGAAUUGAACCAUACUGCAAACAAGGGACUGAAAAUCGCAGUUGAUUUCUGUGAAACUGUGAAGGCCAGACAUCCAAAAAUCACAUAUGCAGAUCUGUACCAGCUUGCUGGAGUUGUUGCUGUGGAGAUCACUGGCGGGCCAACCAUUGACUUUGUCCCCGGAAGAAAGGACUCGGAUGUAGUUCCAGAAGAAGGCCGCCUUCCAGAUGGCCACCAAGGUGCUUCCCAUUUAAGAGAUGUCUUUUACAGGAUGGGACUAACUGACAAGGAUAUUGUGGCAUUAUCUGGAGGACACACAUUGGGAAGAGCUCACAAGGAUAGAUCAGAUUUUGAAGGCCCAUGGACAAAGGACCCUCUGAAGUUUGAUAACUCCUAUUUCGUGGAAUUGCUGAAAAAUGACUCUCGAUCUAAGGAGAAACUAUUGAAGCUUCCUACAGACAAGGCUUUGGUCGAGGAUCCUCGGUUUUUCCAAUAUGUGAAGGCAUAUGCAAAUGAUGAAGUCAAGUUUUUCGAGGAUUAUGCAGCAUCUCACAAGAAACUGUCUGAGCUUGGCUUCACUACACCUUCCACGGUUCUCAAGAGCAGAGCCUCCUCAUGGGCAAAUAAAAUUACUGUAGCUGCAAUCGUAGCAGUUGUGGCGAUACUGAGUUACAAAAGAGCAAUGUCGCCUGAGGGCUUUCUUCCAAACCUCUUCUGAUUAUUCUAAAGAAAGAUAUUCUUACAACUAUAUAUAUAUAUGCAUAUAUGUAUGUUCAUGGAUAAUUCAAUGUUCCCAUUUGUACAUUUGUCUCUCGUUUUAAAAUGGUCUGGGAAUGAAAAAGAGAGCUUUAAAAGCUUUUUCCAGUUCUUA